AAAUGAAGAAGAAAUUUUACGUGGUGUUCGUCGAAAGGAAACCCGGUAUAUAUGAGUCGUGGGAAGAAUGCAAGGCACAAGUUCACGGAUUUUGUGGGUGCAAACAUAAGUCUUUCACGUGUUGUGAAGAUGCCAUGAUUGCAUGGAAUCAAUACAAGGCCAUCGCCAUCGAUAGAGCAACCGAAGAAACACCUGGAGGUCGGCAUGUUAGUGUAUCAAGUCAUCCCGCGAUGGUGGACAGUGGGACGUUUGUAGAAAUACCCAUAGAGCAAACCAUAACAGGCGACAUUGGCUCAGAAGAAGACAUGCAUGAAAGAGUGGCAACUAAUGCUGUAGGAAACGAACCAGUCAUCGAUCGUCCGCUUGUUGCUUUCCUACUGGGGCUGUUCAUAUUGUUUGUGGCUGGUAGGGAGCUUAUUUUGUCAUUGCUUACGUGACCGUGACCGUCCAGAGAAGCCAAUUUCAGUCUCAGUCUGAA